CAUAUACAUACAUACAGAUACACAUCGAGCUAGAGAGAGAGAGAGAAUCGGAAAAGGAAUUCAAAGUUACGAUGGUGUCGUACAUGAGCGUGUUGGCGUACGGAGUGGGAGGGAUAGUGGUGGCCGGAAUGGCGUUGCUGGUGGCGUUCCAGGAGAAGCUUGUGUACGUGCCGGUGUUGCCUGGCCUCACCAAGUCCUAUCCGAUCACGCCGGCUCGUCUCCGUCUUCUCUACGAAGACGUCUGGCUCAGAUCUUCAGAUGGCGUGCGCCUUCAUGCCUGGUUCAUCAAGCUCGUGCCCGACUGCCGAGGCCCAACUAUCCUCUUUUUUCAGGAAAAUGCUGGAAAUAUUGCCCAUCGUCUUGAAAUGGUCCGCAUAUUGUUACAACGAUUGAAUUGCAAUGUUUUUAUGCUUUCAUACCGAGGAUAUGGUGCCAGUGAUGGAUACCCUUCUCAACAUGGAAUAACGAAGGACGCUCAGGCAGCAUUAGAUCAUCUGGUUCAGAGGACAGAUAUUGAUACAUCAAGAAUAGUUGUGUUUGGAAGGUCACUAGGUGGAGCAGUUGGAGCUGUGCUUACUAAAAAUAACCCUGAUAAGGUUGCUGCACUUAUUUUGGAGAAUACUUUCACCUCUAUCCUUGACAUGGCUGGAGUUCUCCUUCCCUUCUUGAAGUGGUUUAUUGGAGGCAGUGGUUCAAAGGGCCCCAAACUUCUUAACUUUGUUGUUAAAUCUCCAUGGAAUACCCUUGAUGUUGUUGGCCAGAUCAAACAACCAAUACUUUUUCUCUCUGGAUUACAAGAUGAAAUGGUCCCCCCGUCACACAUGGAGAUGCUAUACGCUAAGGCUGCUGCACGCAACAAACGAUGCUUAUUUGUGGAAUUUCCUACCGGAAUGCAUAUGGAUACAUGGUUGGCAGGUGGUGAUCGCUAUUGGAGAACAGUUCAGCAGUUUUUGCAACAAACUGCUGCAGAGAAGAAGGAUUCUGAAACGAAGAAGGAAGACUCUUCCGUUGAAGGUGAUGUAACCUCUGAAUUUGAAGCACGAUGAAACAUCAGAAUCAGCCAUUUGUGAGGUGUAACCAGCAAUUGUUAUCCAAGAUCAUAUAUAUAAAAAUAUAUAUAUCAGUGACAAGAAGUUCAAAAAAUUUCUUCUGCAAGCAUAUAUUUUAGGAAGGAUGGGAAAGGUUAUUAAUGAUCUUCCCAUAUUAGACUAACAUCUGCUAUAUCUUAUGGUUAAAGAUCCUCAUAGCUCUCUUGGACAACAUAGUAAAACAUUUCCCAUUCAUUUUCUCAAACUGUUAUUUAGCUUGCAACACUUCAUUAUCUAUAUGUAGAGAAACUUCAGAACGUUUUGACUCAA